GCCCGUCUCGUCACAUGUUGACGCAUGCAACUUCGACAUUUCACGAGUGACGGUCACAGAUGCCAUCGACCAUCUUCCUUCCUUUAUGGUCAGUUCGAGACGAGAGCGAGAAGAGCGACAGUGUGGCUACUGUAGCAGCCGAUAGGGGAAUCCUUCCGUGCCACUAUACUCGUUGGAUAUUGAGCCUAGGCAUACAUGCAUCUGCAUAUCAAACGUCCCAUCAUGUCCAUCCCCGUUUUUGGGGUUCCAGGAACCAAAUGAUCUUUCACGAACCAAUGCUCGUCCAGAGGGCGAGAGGUGUUAGGGGGGAAGGAGUACCACUGUACCUUUUCUUUUUUUCCCCCCCAUUCGAGUCCUACCGUACGGAGUUACACUUGCUUGGCUGGGUAAAGCGAUCAAUCAACAAUCCCCCGAGUCCACCAUGUUUCCAGAGAUUUCCAAGUCGAAUCGAUUGGCGAUCCAAAGAAGAUUUUUUUUUUGUGUGUGAAACAAGAGCCAAAACCAAACCUGGCAUCUCACUUUUCCCGUCUCCAUCUCCGGUCUACACACGUCCAUCUUUGGUCGUCGUUGUGUGAUGUACGGUACCACAAAGUUGAGGGGAAAAUGUACUUUUGUACGUUACACACACACGGGGAUUCCUCGUCGGCGGCCGUUUUGAAGGCGGACGUGCUUUUGUGGACGGGUGGACCAUGGUAAAGUGAGUGACAAGCGACAAGAUGCGUUCCAGGACAACACACGGUACUUUUGAGUCAACUGAGGCAAUUGGGAUCCAAAAAUCGACAACUUUGGCUGAGAAGGGAAUGGAAGUGAGAAGUGUACGGUACAAUACAACCCCAGAACCGAAAACCAGAGCCCCUUGUUCCUGAUCCUUCAAUCCUUUUCCCACCCUUUUCAUACCUUUCGUUUUCACUCGAAACCCCCCCCGCCACACAGGUUGGAAUCCAGGAC